GGUGUCGGAGGGCCGGGACGGGGGCAAAGUCCUGCCCCGUUGGCCCUGCUCUGCCCGGCACUCUGCCAGGGCUGCGUGGCCGGUGCCAGGACAAGCCCGGGCCCUCUCGCCCUGGGAGCGAGGUGCCCGGCCGCGGGGCAGGGCAGCGACGUGGGCCGGUGGCGGGAGCUGCGUGGCAGUGCCCUCCACCGCCCCCCGCGGCAGCGCCCGCACCUGGCACCAGGGUGCUUUAACUCGUGCGGCCGAGCGGCCCGGGGGGCGGCGCUGCCCGCUCCGCCGAAGCGCUGCCGGACGGGGGUGCUGGGAGGGAGCGAAGGCCCGAGGGUCCUGCCCCGCGGCCCCGAGCCACUUCGCUCCUGCUCCUCGUGGCCGCAGCCCCGACCGCAGCCCAAUUACCCGGCCGCGCGGCGCCAGCUCCCGGCCUGGCCCCGGCACGAGGGGAAGGGCAGGCGGCCCCGCGGGGCCGUGGGAAUCGAGCGGGGGUCGCUCUAGUCCGAGCUGCAGCCGGGGGCUGUUAGUGCCUCGCGCCUGCGGCCUGGCGGGGCUGGGGAGCCAGGCGUCCUAAUCGCGUUAGGCCUCUCGCUAAUGGGGACGAGCAGCUGCUGCCGCGGCUCUGCCCAGGCGCGGGCGGCUCACAUUGCGCUGACGCGGCGCCGCGGGGACCAGCCCAGCCAGGGCAUCGAUCCGCCCCAUCGAUCUCCGGCCCUCGUGUCCGAGAGCGCGGGCCGGGCCCCGGGGAAUGUGGGGCGCCUGCGGCCGGAGGACAAAGGGUACCUGGCGCGGGUGGGAGACCUGGAGGCGACGGACACGAGGGACCCGAUGCUGAACUACGGGGUCGUCGUUGACUGCGGCAGCAGUGGCUCGCGGGUCUUCGUCUACUUCUGGCCCCCGCACAACGGGAACCCCCACGACCUGCUGGAUAUCAAGCAGAUGCGGGACCACAGCAGCCAGCCCGUCGUCAAGAAGAUCAAGCCAGGGAUCUCUGUGGUGGCAGCAACCCCGGAGCAAGCCAUGUCCUACAUGCGCCCCCUGCUGCGCUUCGCCGCUGCCCACGUGCCCGCCCAGAAGCACAAGGAGACGCCCCUCUACAUCCUGUGCACGGCCGGCAUGAGGCUGCUGCCCGAGAGGCAACAGGCAGCCAUCCUGGAGGACCUGGUGAGACACGUGCCGCUGGAGUUCGACUUCCUCUUCUCCGAGACGCACGCGGAGGUGAUCUCUGGGAAGCAGGAGGGGGUCUACGCCUGGAUCGGCAUCAACUUUGUGCUGGGCCGGUUUGAUCACCCAGAUGGGGGGGACGCGGUGGUCACGGUGGCUGUGGGGGCCCAGACGGAGGCUGUGGUGCGGAAGCGGACGGUGGGGAUCCUGGAUAUGGGCGGGGCCUCACUGCAGAUCGCCUAUGAGGUGCCCAGCCCCAGCACCUUCCCCUCGCCGCAGCAGGAGGAGGCGGCCAAGAGCCUGCUGGCUGAGUUCAACCUGGGCUGCGACGCGCAGCGCAGCGCCCACGUCUACCGCGUCUACGUCAGCACCUUCCUGGGAUUCGGCGGCAACUUUGCCCGGCAGCGCUACGAAGACGCCCUGCUCAACCACAGCCAGGCCCAGCACAGCCUGCAGGGCCAGCCGGCGGGGCUGACCGCCGACAUGCCCAUGCUGGACCCCUGUCUGCCCGUGGGGUUGGCAGAUACGGUGGAGAGGGGUGGGCGCCAGCUGCACCUGCGAGGACAUGGGGACUGGCAGGCCUGCACCCAGCGGCUGCACCCCCUGCUCGCUGACGCAGGCACCAACAGUAGCCAGGCCUCCCUCGCCGGCACGUACCAGGCACCCAUUGACUUCGGCAACAGUGAGUUCUACGGCUUUUCUGAGUUCUUCUACUGCACCGAGGAUGUGCUGCGCCUGGGCGGCCGCUACCACGCAUCCACCUUUGCCCGCGCCGCCCAGGACUACUGCAGCCAGAACUGGGCGGUGCUGACCCAGCGCUUCCAAGACGGGCUGUACUCGUCCCACGCAGACCAGCACCGCGUCAAGUACCAGUGCUUCAAGUCGGCCUGGAUGCACCAGGUCCUCCACCAGGGCUUCCACUUCCCCCUGGACUACCCGAGCCUGCGCACGGCCCAGCUGGUGUACGACCGUGAGGUGCAGUGGACGCUGGGCGCCAUCCUGUACAAGACACGCUUCCUGCCACUCAGGGAUCUGCGGCAAGAGAGCGGGCGACAGCCCCAUGCCACCUGGCCCCGCCUGUCCUUCGUCUACAACCACUACCUGUUCCUGGCCUGCAUACUGGUGGUGCUGCUGGCCAUCGCCCUCUACCUGUUGCGGCUGCGCCGCAUCCACCGCCGCCACCUGCGCACACCCCCGCUCGACCGGCUGUGGCUGCAGGAGGUCGCACUGCUGCCUGGCCCUGGGACAGGGCCCUGACACAGCCCCGCGCCACCCGCAGAGCCAGUGUGGGUACGGCCCCACGGCCUGAACCUGGCACUCCGCGGCUCCGUCUCUACCUCCUCAGACUCCAGAGCCUGUCCCAUCACCUCAAGCGAGGGUGCGGAGGCACCUCCCACCCAGAAAUGCUGGAGUCCAGAUGAGCGAGGGGCAAGCUGGAAAUGCCCCCAGGGCUGGGCAGACCAUGUCCACUCUCAAACUGCUGCUGGGCUGCGGGGCCAGGCCCCCAGCCCCCUCUCUGCAUUCCCUGGCCUCUGCCCUUCGCCUGGGCAGAGGCAUCGACCGGAGCUCCUGGCCUCAGCCCUGGUCCUCGCUCGGCCUCACUCCCAAGAGCUGCUGGGGCAACUCGCACAGAGCCCUGGCUCCCACACAUUCCUGGCCUGGCAUGGGACCAAGCCAUUCCCCCCCCCCAAUGCCUCAGUUUCCCCAUCUCUAGGAUGGGGGGAGGAGCUGGUGCAACAGCCAAGAGCUCGGGCGUUCCUGCAGUGGCAGGACGGAGCCCAAGGCGUGAGUUCUUCUCUGCCCAGCCCCAGCAAGCCUGACUUAGCAGGGGAGAGGGCCUGGGGCUGAGCCAGGCCAGACAGGACAAUCCCCAGUGGACACCCCCUGCCCACCUCCUCCCCUCCCAUCCCCAGGAGGCUGCAGGCUGGGCCCUGUCCUUCCAGGCUCCUGUAGCCAUCUGCCAUGCAGGCCUCUCCCUGCUGGGGCCCUGCCCAGAGCAGGCCCCUGGGCACAGGGCUCUACUGCCAGCUAGUUUACAGCUCUUCCCCCACCCCUCCCUGCUCCGAGGGCUGGGCCCUCGCUCCCCCCAUGACUCCUUCCCAGGUGGAGCUCUGCUGCUCCAGCCACUGUAGCAAUAAACAAUCUGUGACCCCCUCCCA